AUGGCGUCGGAAGUUGCUGAGCAAAUUGUGCCCUCUUUCAAUGAGGGAGCUGGAAGCAAAAGUAUUCUACAACAGGAGGAUGAACUGGAUUGGGGAGCUUUAAUGUCUCCGAACGGUCUCGAACAUGAAUUGAUGAGCUAUUCUCCAUUGAAAAAGUUGUUAUCUGCAAUAAUCAAAAAGGUGUCAUCCCAUGACAAUCGAUUUUCGCAAAUGAACGAAAAGUUAGAAAAUGCGAAUGCAUUCGCAAAAGAUUUGAACGAUCGAUUGAACAAUGUAACGGAGCUCGUCUCAGCUUCAGAUCAGAAAAUUGACAAAGUGUUGGAGGAGCAAGCAAAUAUCAAAGAAAUGAUUAUGAAAAAAGAAAACACAUCAACUGAUAUCAAUUUGUUGGAAGAAAAACAUAAUGAUUCUGAAAAAAAACUUAUGGAGCAAAUAAUGAAAGUUGAGAAGGAGCUUGAGGGAAUGAGGAACGACAUCAAAGUAUUGAACGAAAAGCAUCAAGAUUCGAUUAAUAACUUGGAUAAGGUUGUCUCUAGAAAAAUGAAAGAAUUGGAAAACGUAAAACCCCAAUCAUCAUCUCCUCCAAAGCCUCUUGAAAGAACCAACAGCAAACAAACCUCUAUUAACAAGGAUGUUGUUGCUACCAGUCGGUCCUCCACUCCGCGCAACCAGAAUGAGAGGCCUAACAGCUCAACAGCUCGAAAUAACCAAGUUGCAAAUAGGACAGAUACUCCCGAAAGUCAAUCAAGUACUCCUACCAGCUUACUGUCUACCCUUAAAGAUCUAAACGUAGUCUCGAAACCUAAUGAAGAAAAAACAGUGCAGCUUUUUGAUGCAGGCAGCGACGAUGACGCAUCUACUAUACAAUCCGUCAUUCUGUCUCUUCCAAAGCAUGGAAAACUAGCUCAAUUUGUUGACACUCAAUCCAAUCAAUCGGGCACUGACAACGAAGAAACGAAUACCUCAACCAAAUCUGUUAUCAAUUUUGCUCCUGCUGCAGUUGUUGACCCAAGCCACCGUAUUAAUGUUGCAACAGAAGCAAAUGUUCAGGACGUUGUUGACCCAUUUGUGUACAAUGUAUAUGAUGUCAAAAACGAUGUUGACAGAGCUCAUGUUUCCCGUGUUAAAGGAGUGUUGGUAACUCAGCUGAACGAUUUACAAAGAGAGUUGGAAAUUGCAAAGUCUAAAGAGAGCGACGAUAUCAAUAAGGUGUUGGAUGAAAUGAGAAAUAUUCGUGAACAAGUGGAAUCAAUUGAUAGAAAGCUUCAAGCUGCAGACAGGCUAAAACAAAAGAAAAAAACUUCUAGGACAUCCACUCCGUCAGAACGAAACAGGAGUGCGUCCCAAGAGCCAAUCGAAGACAGAGAAGGAUUGCUAUCGGUUGAUCUGGAGCAAGGAAGAAAUGUCAUGGUUUACAUACCAAAGAACGACCAAAGUAAUGCAGUGAGCGAUUCAAUCAACGAGUUAUUGGGUAAAAUAGAUUAUCUGGAAAACAAGCUCGCAGAAACAAAUGACCGAAUUGCAGCUUUGGAGAACAGGUCCCCAACUCCAUUAGACGUCAACCAUUCAACUCCAAUUCAAGCACAAGAAACAUCUUCUUCUCCUGCUGUACAAACAUCGAAUACUCUCGACACUGAAGAAGAAGGAGCAACUCUAAAGGAUUUGAAAAAGUUGGAAAAGAAAAUUAUGUACUACAUCACAACCCAUGAUAUGGCUGGAGAUUUGAACAACCAAGUGCAAGAGAUUCAAAAGCAGCUAGAAUCUCUCGAAGCAAAGCUUGACCAGAAAUGUGACGCCUUAACAACGCCAUCGUAUCAACAAUUCAAGGACAUAGAGGAUAUGGUUCUGCGAAAAGUAGAUAGAGAUGAAUUUCAUUCGAUCGUUGAAAAACUUAAGGCUGAAACAGACAAGGCAACCAAUCAAAGACCAUUAUCACCAGAGGAUAAAAGUGACAAGAUGCUCAAGUUUGAAGGUACAUUUGAUCAGUCAGACUUGAAACGAAUACGGGACUCGAUUAACACACUUGCUGCUCAAGUGCAACAACUCACCAAAAUGAAAGCAGACAAAAUUGAAGUAUUUAAGGAGCUCAGUGAAAAAAAGGAAGCCAUCGACAGGUUAGACCAAACAAAAUCUGAUGCAAAUAUUGUGGCAAGAAAGGCUGAACGAGAAUAUGUAGAUUCGUUGUUUAACAAGAUGAAGAAAGACCUUGAAAAUAUGAUUGGACUAACAAAUUCUCACACCGCUGACAUGCUAGCAAAGGAUUUGGAGUUUUUAAAGAAGCUCAUUGAGGACAAGGCAGACAUUGAUGAAUUGAAACGAAUUAAGGACUUCUUAACUCAAUCGUUUGACACGAAAGUCGACAAGGAUGGAGAGGGACUGGCAUCUAGUCAAGCGUUUAAAUGCCUUUCUUGCAAUCGAGCCAUGAAAGGUAUGAAGCUAAAACCCAAUGCUUUGAACUUUGACAACUUUGUGAGUCAUUUACCUCCUCCUAAACCAAAGGUAAACCCAAGAAAGCAAUUCCUUAGUGAAUCUCUGAAUGCAAAGUCCUCCGUUCAAAUACCUUCUUCGGUGUUGGACACAUCUCAACGGUUUGGUAGAUCCAGUGUUGAGCAUUUACCUGAACUGAGAAAGAGUAGCACUAACAAUAGUCAGUAA